AUGGCUUCUUCGGGUUUUCAAGCUGAUGUGAAGGCUUUGCAGAAGGUUUUGUCUGCUAGACAUUUGACAUAUCAGCAUCAGCACAACAAGCAGAUGAGCUGCCCUGCAAUGGCUCAGUUGCUUUCAAACACACUUUAUUACAAACCCUUCUUUCCUUAUUAUUCUUUUAAUGUGUUGGGCGGCCUUGACAGUGAAGGAAAGGGAUGUGUCUUCACAUAUGAUGUUGUUGGUUCCUAUGAGAGGGAUGCUGUUACUCCACUGUCUGAGUCAGAAGCAGUUGAUCUGGUCAAAACUGUUUUUGCAUCGGCAUCUGAGAGAGAUAUAUACACUGGGGAUAGAGUUGAAAUUAUGAUCCUAAACGCCAGUGGUAUUCAUCGUGAAUUCAUGGAGCUAAGAAAAGAUUGA